GAGAGGACUUCGCUGGCAGUAAAAAAUUAAAAACAUAAACAAAAGCAAAACAUAUAUUUACUGUUAAGCUAGAAGAGCGAAGCAAGCAGCGACAGGGAGCGCGGAAGGACAUUUGGGUUGUAUGGCACCUCAGUUGUGCGUCAUGAAUCCUGCGCAAGGAUCACCACCCUCGGCUGCAGCACCAGAGGACACCUACCCAAAGGAGUGCGCCUCAGGAGUCUCGGCACCGAACCAGCUCGACCUGUCACCUGUCACCAGGUGCAAAGGCAAAAGUGUGGAUCUGUCUUUCAGUGUGGAAUCGCUCAUAUCUGGAGACAGGACGCAGGGUAGAAGUCUCCGAUUGACGGAGUCCAGCAGAGGAUGCGCAACAGAGGACAGUGCGUGCGCUUCACCAGUGGAACUUAAUGGAUCCAAAGCUGAGAAUGUGGACGUCAACGACAAGGAGAGUAACCACUGGUUCCAGUCUGCUGCUUACACAUCACCUCCGAGACUCCCAAGCCCGACACAUUGCAAUCUACGCAAACACAAGAACAAUAGGAAACCCAGAACUCCCUUUACAAGCUCUCAGCUGCUGUCCCUGGAGAGAAAGUUCCGUCAGAAACAAUAUCUCUCCAUCGCCGAGAGAGCGGAGUUCUCCAACUCCCUCAGCCUCACAGAGACACAAGUCAAGAUUUGGUUUCAGAACCGCAGGGCCAAGGCCAAAAGACUGCAGGAGGCUGAACUGGAGAAGCUCAAGCUGGCCGCCAAGCCUCUGAUGCCGGCCUUCGCUUUCCCUUUCCCUCUGAGCGCACCCAUAGGCGCACCGGCCCUCUAUGGGGCAGUGAACGGCCCUCGGCCAGCCUUACCUGUACCAGGACUAUUCGGUGGACCUUACGGGAUGUACUACUUGUCGUAACCGGAGGCCUUUUUGGGUGGGAAAAGCCGCUUUUAGAACAUGUCCGUAAAAGUCUCUUUUAAAAUGAAGAAAUAUACAUGAGAAUAUUUAUUCAGUCACACAUGAUCUGUAAAUUAGAUUUAACUAUAAAUAUAUUCAAUAUAAAAACAGUUAAAUUGCUUUAUAUUUGUUGCAAAUUUGGCCUUAAAAAAGUCUAACGAAAAUUACCAAAAUGCUUACCAUUUUCUGUUGCAAUUAAUGAUUUUAAUGAACAUUUCUUCAAGACUGUAUAAACCAGAAAUGACAAUUCUCUCAAAAAACAUGUAGCAAGUGCGAAAAUGAGGAUUCCAAACUAUGAUUACUGUUCUUUUGAAAAAGACUUUCUACAGGAUUUAUGCAUAAAAUAAACCAAAACCAGGUCAUGUGACUACAUGUUAUAUAUUGUAAUCCAAAGAUUAAAACCAGCCAAUGCAAUUACAUUCAUUUUCUUAAAAUUUACAACGAACCCUGAUCUUUCAGCAUGUCAAGUAUACUCAUUUUACCAAUGCAGCACAAUUGUUUAGGACUGAAUAAAAAUAAUGAAGCAUUUGUACACCAUUGACCUUUAAAUUAAAAUACCUCAUAAAAAAUGUUUUUUUUCCCCCCACAGACCCUUAAAAAGCUCUAACAACACAAAAAGUUGGCAAAAUUUGUAUGUGUAAAUAAAAGUUAAUUACUUAUUUUAUACUCAAAGUAAAUGGAUUUCAAUCUGUUAUGUGUGUAUUCUAUAUUGUUGA